AUGCACACCAUGGACCAGAUCAGCAUGCCCUCUGCCUACAUGAACUACAGCUACACUUUCCAAUUCGAGGACGACUUCAAGCACUGGGUCAAGAAAGAAUGGAUGGAGAGGAACUGGAAGUCCUGGUGCUUCUAUUCGGCAGGACUGUACAUGAUGGUCAUCUUCUGUGGCCGGCAUUACAUGCAGAAUCGGCACAGGUUCAUAGAGAAGAACAAGGUGAGUGGGUUCUGGACAUGGAUGUUCAUCCUGUCCAAGGUCCCAGAGCUGGGUGACACGGUCUUCAUCGUCCUGCGGAAGCAGCCGCUCAUCUUCCUCCACUGGUACCACCAUGUCACGGUGCUCAUCUACACCUGGUACAGCUUCUCAGAGUUUGCUGCCCCAGGCCGAUGGUUUAUCUCAAUGAACUAUGUUGUGCACUCCCUCAUGUAUACAUAUUACACACUGAAGGCGAUGCGUUACCGUGUCCCACGUGCCGUGGCCAUGAUCAUCACCAUCUGCCAGGUGGCACAGAUGAUCCUGGGCAUCCACGUAAACAUCUUUGCAUACAACACCAAGAUGCAGGGGGAGUUCUGCCAAGUGACUGAGCAAAACAUCAAGGUCUCCUUCCUCAUGUACUUUAGCUACUUUGUGCUCUUCACACGGUUCUUCUACCUUGCAUACAUGAAGAAGCCAGGGAUGUCACCCACUUGUUCAACAAGUUCUCUGAAGGACAUGCAACGGGUCAAAGCUGAUUAAAGUAAUGCAUGCCUUGCAUGAAGUACUAAAUUGUACCAGAAGUUCCCCAAAGGACAUCAUUGGGUCAGAGUCAAUCUAUGACUCACGGCAUGAGCAAUGUACUGAAUUGUACCAAGAAAGAUACUGCCAUAUAAGAGGGAUUUUCCCUCACAGUCACAGAUUCUAAUACCUUUAGCAAUUUAGUACAUUGUGAUCAGAAUUAGAAAACUCGGUAAAUUCUUGCUCAUUGUCCUGGUGAAGGUGACGUGAUAUAGAGGUCAUCAGAUGAGUGUGCUGUCUUUGUUGCUACUGUUCUAUUGAUAAAUCCUACUCGGUGUACUCAUCUGGUAGAGAUAGGUAUUUUUUCAAGGCCUUCGCUUUGGUGCUUUAUUCCAAGUCACAGCACAUUCUACGUGAUGCUUUAUUGUCUUUUAUUUCUUAUUUUAUUUCAUGGAGUAAUAACUGAACGUGAAUAAAAUUAUCCCCACUACCGGGAC